CCACUUAUAGGUCUGUGUUUUUCUCUCUCUCCUAGCCCGGGAAAGACAGCCGGCUCCUGCCCUUCAUGGUGGGUGCUCGCAUAGUCUUCAUCCCCCUCUUCAUGCUGUGCAACGUGCAGCCCCGCAGCCACAUGCCCAUUUUCUUCCACCAUGAUGCCUGGUACAUCAUCUUCAUCAUCCUCUUCUCCAUCUCCAAUGGCUACCUGGCCAGCCUCUGCAUGUGUUUCGGGCCUAAGAAGGUGCUCACCCAUGAAGCUGAGACGGCCGGAGCCAUCAUGGCCUUUUUCCUCUCACUGGGCCUGGCGCUGGGAGCUAUGUUCUCCUUCCUCUUCCGGGUGGUGAUCUAGCGGAGCGGCAGCAUGGACACUGAGGCCGUGCUUCGUUCAGCUUCUCGUCCCCUGGCCAGCACAUAGAGGCUACGGUGCUGGGGGGAUAUCUCCUGUGCACUGCUAUGAACUCUCACUGCCUUAGCAGACCUUAUGCCCUGGGACCUGGGGAGUGACCUCCCCCUGCCCUGAGGAUGGCUUGGGGCUCCUAUGGCGGGGCCACUUUGCCCUACCCCUGGCUUGUGUGAUGGCUCCAGGACCUGUGUGCCAUCAUGUGCCCCCUGUACUGUGUGUGACCACUGGAUCUCACACACACAGAUCUCCCCCCUGCCUAGUAUUGUGUGACUUCCUCCCCAUGCACAGAUGCCAGGAUCCUGCCUCAAAUUCAUAUCACACCCGCCAAGUCUGGGGUCCUUGGCUCAAAAGAGAAGAGAGUUCCUGGGGUCACUGCCCCCUUGGGGGCUGCUUGUGACUUGCUCUCCCCAUCCUGGCCUCCUCUUGAGGUGGCCCUGGAGAGUUCACCUGUGUCCAGUUUCUCUCCCCCUGCCCCCAGCAAGGGAAAUGAAUUAACCCUCAUGCCUGGCUGAGGGAAGGGGAGCCCUGCGAACUGCACCCCUACCCCCUCCGCCCUAUAUACGUGUGUGCUGCCCAUCGCUAUAGCUACUGAGCAUCUAAGACACUUGUAGCUUUAUUCCUCCCCCUCCCUCCUGAGAGCUAGGGAAGUGUCAUGACCCCAGACUCCAGAUGAGGAAGUGGGGCAGGGCUGGAGAUAGAGCCCAGGUGUCUGGUGUACCAGAUGCCUCAAUUACUGGACCUCCUUCCUCUUCUGCCUUAGCCUUUCCUCUGCUCCUGACUUCCCUCCAGGUGCCAUUCACCCCAGCUGCUUGCACUACCCCAGACUUUGAUCUGCCUCCUGCGGCAGUCUCAGCCUUCCCCAGGAGGAGGUGCCGCAGGAGUGGAGCAGGCACGCUGGCAGUGGGGGGUGCCCAGACAGUGAGAAGGCCAAUGCAGAACCGCACUGCCAGGAGCCACCCCAUGCUCCGCGAGGCCUUGCCUGGCUGAGUGCCCCUGGCGUGGGCGGGGGCUUGGCCCGUUCGUCUCUGUAAAUGUAUCUGUACAGUUGCCAUUUUCUAUACAAAGAGUGAACAUGC